AUGUCUACAAUAAUGAAAGAAGAAGUGUUGCUCUCAUGUGAUGAAGAUAGCUAUGAUAGAGCAAAAGAAGUUCAAGAAUUUGAUGAAACUAAAGCAGGAGUGAAAGGACUAAUAGACUCUGGUAUCAUCAACCUUCCAAGAUUCUUGAUCCAUCCACAAGAGACUCUUCCAAACUAUGAUGCAACUUCUUCAUGCUUAUUUCAAGUACCUGUGAUAGAUUUCACAGGACAUGAAAAGUGUAGAAGGUUAGAGAUAAUCAGUGAGAUUAAGAAAGCAUCAGAAACAUGGGGUUUCUUCCAAAUGGUGAAUCAUGGUGUUCCAGUUCAUGUUAUGGAUGACAUGUUAAAGGUUAUAAAAGAGUUUCAUGAGCAAGAUAAGGAAGUGAAGAAAGAGUGGUACUCACGUGAUCAUAAGAUGAAAGUUAGAUACUUUUGUAACGGUGAUCUUCUUGUUGCUAAAGCAGCUAAUUGGAGGGAUACCAUAUUGUUUGAUUUUCAAGAUGGUCCUCUUGAUCAACAAGCAUAUCCUCUAGUGUGCAGGGAAGCAGUGAGCAAAUACAUGGAACAUAUUCUAAAACUUAAGGAAAUAUUAUCAGAAUUGCUGUCAGAGGCAUUGGGGUUAAAGAAGGACUAUCUUGCAAAUAUAGAAUGCAUGAAAAGUGAAAUAGUGGUUUGUCACUAUUACCCUCCUUGUCCACAACCAGAAUUGACAUUUGGUACUACAAAACAUUCAGAUCCAUCAUCCCUCACAAUUCUCCUCCAAGACACCAUUGGUGGACUCCAAGUUCUCCAUCAAAAUCAUUGGAUUGAUAUUACUCCAAUUCAUGGAGGACUUGUGGCAAACAUAGGUGACUUCAUGCAGCUUAUCAGCAAUGACAAGUUCAAAAGUGUUGAGCAUAGAGUACUUGCAGGAAGUGUUGGACCAAGAGCAUCGGCUGCUUGCCACAUGUACCCCGACGCAUGUCAAAAAUAUCAACCGAUAGAGGAGUUCACAUCCGAUGAAAAUCCGCCAAAAUAUAGAGAAACUGAUAUUACUGAAUAUCUCACUCACUUUAGAUCCAAAGGGCUUGAUGGACAUAAAACCCUCCCUUAUUUUAGGUUAUAA